UUUAACAUUAGUUACGUCGUGACUCUUGAACAGUUAACUUGUAUCUCUUUUAAUAGUAGGAUGCCACAGAAGAUGCUUGUUCUUUUUCGAUAUUUAACAUAUGGCAUGUUAAUCGGCUUGUCACACGAAAUCCCAUUAAUAGGGACUAAGGUGAGAGAUGCUCGACCAAAUGAGCUUCCGUUUGUCGUGUCGAUCGCAAGAAGAGCCCAAAGCAAUGAUACCCAUUUCGUGAAUCGUCACUUUUGCACUGGAACGCUCAUAAGCAGGAGAAGUAUUCUGACUGUUGAACAUUGCUUCGGCGGGCUUGCGCUAAGUGACAUCGAAAUUAUUGCUGGCUCGGAAGACGUGAGUCUUGGUGACAAGUACUACCCCGAAUCCUGGAUAACGUACAAAGAAUGGAAAAAAAAUAAGAAAGGAUACAUGGAAUUUUUGCAUCAUGACAUAAUUGUUUUAACGCUAGAAGGCAAAGGAGUCCGUCCAGAAAUUCAUCCAGCGACGAUAUUGACAUUCGCGCCGACAGAUUUGAUCAGAUCAAUCGUUAGAAUUGCGGGUUGGGGCGUUUCUAUAGAUGGCAAGUGCCCAUUAGUUUUGAAAACGGCACUUACAACGGUUCUAUGCGAAGAGGAAUGUCGUAAGAGGGCCAGCGAUUUGUCACGCAACGAUUUACUUAUAAUGGAAAAUUAUUUCUGCAGUUCUGCAAAGCCAGGUGUCUUAUCAAGCUACGGUGACAGCGGUGCUCCGAUUCUCAAUAAACGGAAACAAUUGGUGGGCUUGAACAUAGGAGUUUGUCCGAAUCUCAUCGGAUUCCCUCUGCGAUAUCAACUUAUAUAUCAAAUGAAUUUGCACAUCCAUCUGUAUCAUUAUAGAAAUUUCAUCAAGGAUGUCAAAAUAACCUCAUGAGAGUUCUUUUAAGUAUCGUAUUAAAUUCGUAAACUACGGAAUCCACGAGAUUGUCAAGUACCAUGCAAUAAAUUACUGCUUCAAGAGCGCAUUUACUUGAAGCAAAGCAUUCCAGCAAACACCAUCAGAUAUUUCGUCGUA